GAACGGAGCCGGAUAUAAAUACUAGCCCGGAUUGACCGAGGUGCCUUCUGAUCGUUCAUCCGACACCAUGACACUGCUGGCUCUGCUGCUGAUGAUCGGAGCUGCUGCGGCGGUUCCCCGUGGAGACGGGAGAAUCAUCGGCGGCCAGGAGUGCGAGCCUCACUCUCGUCCAUUCAUGGCCUCGCUCAACUACGGUUACCACUUCUGUGGGGGGGUGCUCGUCAACAAACAGUGGGUGCUGUCCGUCGCGCACUGUUGGUACAACCCCUAUGCCAUGCAGAUCAUGCUGGGGGAACAUAACGUGCGAGUGUUUGAGGGCACAGAGCAGCUCAUGAAGACCGAAAACAUCAUCUGGCACCCGAGUUAUGACUACCAGACUCUGGACUUUGACAUCAUGUUGAUCAAGCUCUUCCACCCAGUGGAGGUGACCUCAGCGGUCGCACCGAUCCCGUUGCCCACAAGGUGCCCGACGGGGGGGCUCCCCUGCUCUGUGUCUGGCUGGGGCUACACGGCCAUCGAUGGCGCAGCGAACGCGCCCACGCGCCUGCAGUGUUUGGAUGUGCCGAUAGUGGACGAGCAGGACUGUGAGGACGCCUAUCCCGGCAUGAUCUCCCGCAGGAUGGUCUGUGCCGGAUACAUGGAUGGAGGCAGAGAUGCAUGCAAUGGGGACUCCGGCAGCCCUCUGGUGUGUGCCGGAGAGGUCCAGGGCCUGGUGUCAUGGGGUCAGGGAUGUGCUCAGCCCAACUACCCUGGAGUGUACGUCAAAGUGUGUGAGUUCCUCCCCUGGAUUCAAGACACCCUGGAGGCCAACCCCUGAAGAAAUGACCCGUUUUAGCUUUACUUUUCUUUUUACAAUCGAUCCCCACAGCCCUGACUCUGCUUUUCUUUCUCUCUCCGAUGCCUUGUCCCUUCUCGAGAGAUGUCGCUCAUAUAUCCAAAAUUUACCCACAUGUGCCGGAACGUAAAACACAAAAUAAAAAUAUAUCCAAUUUUCAUUUGUCGGUUUACAUCGAUAGUGGGAGAAAAAACUCAAGUAGUGGAAGUAUGUCAGUUACAGUUUUAAUACAAUAUAAGACAGUUUGAUGUAGUUACAAAGAGGCCUUUCUCUGCUCACUCCCUCAUUCAUAGGAACACACUUGGGUUAAAUGAUGAGGUAGUGUAUUUCUAUUCUUUCAAAUUUUCACUCUGCGGUUUCCCCCUUUUGUUUGUUCAUAUUAUACAACAUUUCAUUCAUUUCUAUUAUCUCAUUGAGGGUGAAAAAACAUUUCAGUUAUAUCAGUUCUGCACCUUUUAAAAGACCCCUUUUAAGACGAUAAUUGCAGUGUAAAUGUUGAACAGCAGGAGGCCUCUGUUAGCAAAUGUCCUCUCAUUCAUCACGACUUGAGCCGUGGGAUGAAUAUAAGGUCAUUUAAGGUUAAACGUGAAAGCAAACAUUCAACAUUGAACAACAUUCAACAUUCAACAACAUUCAAUGGGGUCCGUUUCUGGAUUUGAGAUAUGUUAGUCACCAAGUAUUCUUUAUUUAGUCAAGGAUGCUUUUCUAUGAGGAGGACAUUCGUCUCGUCAUCUCUGCCGGGUCACAUCCGUCGUCUCUGAGCGCCUCUUUCCAUUCCUCCCUCUCUCCACGUUGUUGUCCCUGUUUGACUGGACUGGAGGGUCUGAGCCACGCUGCCCCUCCUGGACACCAACACGACAAGAGAUCAUACCAUGCUGUGAAAUAGUAUGUAUGUGUAUGAUGUGUUACCAAAGAGGAUGUGAGAAGUGACCUUUUACAGAGGUUGAGGAUGCUUGAGACUGAAUGCGUACUCAAGCGACCAUUGCAUCUCCUCAAAGAAGGAUUUAGAGAGAAGGAACCGAAUGACAAACGUAAAUAAAAAGAAAUAUGCAAUUCAUAAUCUAAGUAAUAUUAUUUCAUAAAAAAUGUGGGCUUCUUUUCUCAAGUUGUGGAUUCUGGGGAGAAUUUUAAUUGAACAGAAACAUUAAAUUAAACGUGGGAACCAA